UUUUCUUUCUAUGCUUCUAGAAGUUUGUCAGAAAAGUUUAUAGUGAUUGCUCCUCUCUGUUUCCAAAUAAAGAUAAUGUAAUAGAUUUUCUAUGGAAUAUUCGAAUAAUCUUUUAGCAGAUUUAACAGAAGAAUGUUAGUUUUCUAGGGUAUUGGCUAUCAUUAACAGAGACAGAUUAGACUAGAUAAGAUGAGAUGAGAUAGGAUUCAUGUUUGGGGAAUGCUGAGUUAAGUCUUCUUAGCCCUCCUAAUGUGUCAACAUGCCUUGUGAAUCUUCAAGUAGAAGGGGUAGAGAUUAGGAUACAGGAUUCUCAAAUGUGUGUUUAAGAAAUUCACUUUUUUCUCCUACAGAGAAGAUUUUAUGGCACUUUUGCCUCAUGAGACACAAUUUGAGAAAUAAUCUAUACACAAUGACUGUGCAGAAUUUUUUUCUUGUCAGGAUUUUCAGUUUAGGUAAGGCCAAAGCAAUUUUUAAAAAAUAAAUAAAAACUAGAUUUGAUAUUAAGAUUAAACAGUAUUAUACUUGGGUACUUAGAAUGAUGUGUUAUUUUUAAUAAAGUUAUAUUUUAUAUAAUUAAUUUUAUUAUUCACCAUAGGGUAUUUUUUAUGUCCAACACUGAUAUUCUUUGGCUUGGUAAAAAUUAAUUUACCCAAGGAUUUAAAUAACCAGAUUAAUAAAUUGUGAGUUGUAUAGAGUCUUCAGAUUGCCUAAAUUGACAUUAAAAGAUUUGUUUUGAGAAAUACAUUUUUAAUCAUAUAACCAGUGACACAUACCACAUUAUAAAUAUUCUGAUAGUUUAUUUUUACAAACUUUUCCAAGUGUGUGGCACAUAUUGAGACAUAUACAAAUAAUUAACGAAUUUGUAAAAAUGAAUACAAUGAGCAGAAUUUUAAAAGGAUGAUUAUUUGGAAACAGUGAUGUUUCUAGAAUUCUUAAAUGAUAUAUCAACAUAUGUUAACUGCAACUUCUCGUGCUUAAUGAUGUUUACAAUUAAUAUAAUUCGGUACUCACCAAUAUAAGAUUAACAGUCAUAAUUAACUCAGAAUAGAUUCUUUGAAGUGGUUCAAAGGGCUUUUCGUACUAAAUUACUAGCCUCUAAUCAGCUAAUAUAAAGGGAGUAUUUUUUAAGAUGUGAGAAGUACGUGUGUGUUUCAUAAAACAUUUAAUUUAGGUUAAUGAAAUGAGUUUGAAUGAUCCGGAUUCACUGUACAAAGUCAGAGAUAUACGUCUGACAUUCCAGCGAAAGCUUUAUUUAGAUGGAGUUGAGCAAUCUUUGAGAUAACAGGCUUUGGACUGUGAUAUCUUGAGUGUUAUAGUUGAAUAGUUUCCCCAGAAUCUUUAAGUCCUUUUCAAACUAUUUUAUGAAUGAAUUGAAUUAAUGAAAGAUAAAUACAUUUUCUCUUUUGGAUUUCUUAACUAAUUUAGAGAAUGUUGACUUCAGAGGUUCAUAGAAUCAAAUUUUGCAUUUGAGAAAAUGUUAUUUCCAUGUGCGAGGCUAGCCCUGGCAAGCCUCUGGGAUCCUGUUCCAUUCACUCAGGCACUGGUGAGAUAAGGAGAGUGAAGUGUGAGCUAAAUAGGGGUGAGUCUUGGGCAAGGUCAUUCCUACCCAAGCACUGCAGACACCAAGCUCUCAAGGGAGCUGUUGUACAUAAAAAGACGCUACUCGGGUACAUUUUCAAAAUAUAAAUACUUUGAAAGGGUAAAAAUGAGGGUCCCUAUAUUAGAGGAUGUAAAAGAUGAAACAGAAGAGGAAAAAACAGGGGAAGAAGAAAAUGCAGAAGACCAGGUCUUCUUUAAGCCUGUCAUUGAAGACUUAAGCAUGGAAUUGGCCAGAAAAUGCACCAAACUCAUUAGUGAUAUCCAUUAUAAAGAAGCGUACAAAAAGUCUAAGGACAAGUGUACAUUUGUGACGGACACUCCUAUGCUAAACCAUGUAAAAAGUAUUGGCGCUUUUAUUUCUGAGGCAAAAUACAAAGGCACCAUUAAGGCAGAUCUUUCCAACUCUCUUUAUAAGCGGAUGCCAGCCACGAUUGACAGUGUUUUCGCAAGAGAAGUCACACAGCUUCAGAGCGAGGUUGCGUACAAGCAGAAACACGAUGCCACCAAAGGAUUUUCAGAUUAUGCCCACAUGAAGGAGCCACCUGAGGUCAAACAUGCCAUGGAGGUCAAUAAACACCAGAGUAAUAUUUCUUAUAGAAAAGAUGUACAGGACACCCACACAUAUAGUGCGGAGCUCGACAGACCAGAUAUCAAGAUGGCAACUCAGAUCUCCAAGAUCAUAAGCAAUGCAGAAUACAAGAGAGGGCAAGGGAUAAUGAAUAAAGAGCCUGCUGUAAUUGGAAGACCAGAUUUUGAACAUGCUGUGGAAGCUUCUAAACUUUCUAGUCAAAUUAAAUACAAAGAAAAAUUUGAUAAUGAAAUGAAGGAUAAGAAACAUCAUUACAAUCCUCUUGAAAGUGCUUCUUUUAGGCAAAAUCAGCUUGCUGCUAUAUUGGCAAGUAAUGUGAAGUACAAGAAAGACAUUCAAAAUAUGCACGAUCCAGUUUCAGAUCUCCCAAAUUUGUUGUUUUUAGACCAUGCUUUGAAAGCCAGCAAAAUGCUCAGCGGACGAGAAUAUAAAAAGCUUUUUGAGGAAAACAAAGGAAUGUAUCAUUUUGAUGCAGAUGCUGCCGAACACCUGCACCAUAAAGGCAACGCCACCCUCCAGAGUCAGGUAAAAUACAAAGAGGAAUAUGAAAAGAAUAAGGGAAAGUCAAUGCUUGAAUUUGUUGAGACACCAUCCUACCAAGCUUCAAAGGAGGCUCAAAAGAUGCAGAGUGAGAAAAGUUACAGAGAGGAUUUUGAGAAAGAGAUUAAAGGAAGGCCAUCGCUGGAUUUAGAUAAGACUCCAGAAUUUCUGCACAUGAAGUACAUCACAGGCCUUCUGAGGGAGAAAGAAUAUAAAAAAGAUUUGGAAAAUGAGAUAAAAGGGAAAGGAAUGGAACUUAAUUCAGAAGUUCUUGAUAUUCAAAGAGCAAAGCGAGCAUCUGAAAUGGCUAGUGAGAAAGAAUAUAAGAAAGACCUGGAGUCAGAAAUUAAAGGGAAAGGAAUGCAAGUUGACAUUGACACCCUUGAAAUACAGCGAGCCAAGAAAGCGACUGAGAUAGCGAGUGAGAAAGACUAUAAAAGAGAUCUGGAGACUGAAAUUAAAGGGAAAGGAAUGCAGGUGAACACAGACACUCUUGAUGUCCAGAGAGCUAAGAAAGCAUCCGAGAUGGCCAGCCAGAAACAAUACAAGAAAGACUUAGAAAAUGAAAUUAAAGGGAAAGGAAUGCAGGUGAGCAUGGAUAUCCCAGACAUACUUCGAGCCAAGAGGGCAUCUGAAAUCUAUAGCCAGAAAAAGUAUAAAGAUGAAGCAGAGAAGAUGCUUUGUAACUAUUCUAUUGUGGCAGAUACCCCUGAAAUUCAGAGGAUUAAGACAGCUCAACAAAACAUUAGUGCCGUAUUUUAUAAAAAAGAAGUAGGAGCUAGAAUAGUAGUAAAUGAUACUCCAGAGAUGGAACGUGUUAGGAAAAAUCAGCAGAAUAUUAGUUCUGUGAAAUACAAAGAAGAGAUUAAACAUGCAACAGCCAUUUCUGAUCCUCCAGAGAUAAAGAGAGUUAAAGAGAACCAAAAGAACAUCAGCAAUCUCAAGUAUAAAGAACAAAGUUACAAGGCCACUCCGGUAAGCGUGACCCCAGAGACAGAGAGAGCAAGGAGAAACCAGGAGCAGCUAAGUGUGGUGAAAUAUAAAGGAGAGAUUAAACAGGCAACUGUAAUUUCUGAUCCUCCAGAGCUGAAGAGAGUGAAGGAAAACCAGAAGAACAUCAGCAAUGUCUAUUAUAAAGGUCAGCCAGGAAGAGCUACCGCGUUAAGUGUAACUCCUGAAAUGGAAAGAGUAAAGAAGAAUCAAGAAAACAUUAGCUCGGUAAAAUAUACCCAGGACCAUAAACAGAUGAAAGGUAGACCAAGUCUGAUUUUAGAUACACCUACUCUGAGACAUGUUAAAGAAGCACAAAAUCAUAUUUCAAUGGUAAAAUACCACGAAGAUUUUGAGAAGACAAAGGGGAGGGGCUUCACGCCUGUCGUGGAUGACCCCGUGACAGAGCGAGUGAGGAAGAACACCCAGGUUGUCAGCGAUGCUGCCUAUAAAGGCGUCCAUCCUCAUGUCGUGGAGAUGGACCGGAGACCUGGGAUCAUUGUUGACCUCAAAGUCUGGCGCACAGACCCCGGCUCCAUCUUCGACAUCGAUCCCUUGGAAGACAAUAUUCAGUCUAGAAGUCUGCACAUGCUCUCCGAAAAGGCGAAUCACUUUAGGAGACACCGGUCUCGAUCUCAUUCUAGCAGUACUUUUGGUACCGGUGUGGGAGAUGACAAGUCAGAAAUCUCUGAGAUUUACCCUAGUUUUUCAUGCUGCAGUGAGGUAACCAGACCGUCUGAUGAAGGAGCACCAGUGCUUCCUGGAGCCUAUCAGCAAAGCCAUUCCCAAGGCUACGGGUACAUGCACCAGACCAGUGUGUCCUCCAUGAGGUCAAUGCAGCAUUCACCAAAUCUAAGGACCUACCGAGCCAUGUACGAUUACAGUGCCCAGGACGAAGAUGAGGUCUCCUUCAGAGACGGCGACUACAUUGUCAACGUGCAGCCCAUCGACGAUGGCUGGAUGUACGGCACGGUGCAGAGAACUGGGAGAACAGGGAUGCUCCCAGCCAAUUACAUUGAGUUUGUUAAUUGAUUCUUUCUCCUUGCCCUUUGAGCUUUAUUCUAAUGUAUUCUAAACCGACCUUUUUAAAAGAUAGAAGAUACUUUUAAGACAACUUGGCAGUUAUUUUACAAUAAUGUAUCCUUCCUUUGACAAUUAGACACACAGGUACCAGGACGAAGGAAUGACUUCUGGGCUGAAAAUGGCAGCAUUUUCAGUAAUUCCUCCAAACAAAAAUCAUUAUUCCGUCUGGAGACCUGGUGCUGCUAAUUGUGUUCGUGGUUUCCUUUGAUUGGCGAUUGAACCCUUCUGGGAAAUGUAUUUUUGUAGACUUUACUAGAGAUGUUGAUUGUCCUUUAAAUGUAACUAGUAUAUGAAACUUCCUGUUUGUCACUUUGGAAUCACCAGAAGCCAAUUCUCCUAACUCAGUAAUGCAGCCAAUAAUUUCAAACCUGUUCAGUCUUUCAAGUCAUUAGGCAAUUUCCAAUUCAAGUGAAAAUUGCCCAAUAUAAUACAUGUAAGCAGUGGCAGAAUGACAGUCUGGUUAAAAUUAUAUUGCCUGGUGGCCUUAUU